UCUAUUGAACGUGGUCCAUUUUUUUGGUGAUAAAGGAUAACCAUGUCAAAGAGAGCUGAAGCAACAAUUUGCUGGCUGCUAUUGGCCACCUGUUCUGCAGUUUUGGUCCAGCCAGGGCUAGCUCAGCUGCUGCCCCCAAAUUUGGGGGUCAUUCCAAAUCUUCCGGGCCUGCUCCCACCAGGGACUCCACUAGAGAUUCAGCAGUGCUGGUCAGCUCUUACGAACAUACAGGGAUGCGUAUGGGAAAUUUUGAGGUCUGUUUUAAGUGCCCAAUUUGGCAGCAUUGGCCCUGAUUGCUGCAAGGCAAUUACCACAGUCAAUGAAAAUUGUUGGCCUAAAAUGUUUCCCUUGAAUCCUUUCUUCCCAUACUUGCUCAAGGGUAAUUGUGCUCGCGUCGGAGCGGCUCCCCCGGCGCCUAAGUGA